UUCUGAACAGUUUUCAAACAAGUGCAAGACUCAGAAAAGACUGUUUGGGAUAAUUGACACAGAAUUUUGUUCUUUUUCACCCUGGCAUCUUGCGGACACAAACUGGAAUAUGUUUCAGUGAUCCUCUGGAGUCCUACGUCAGUGGAGAGCUUCUGCAGAGGGAUACUGAGUGGAGGCAGAGGAGGGCAGAGGUGUGCUGGAUGGGGGCCGCGACUGGGCCUGAUGGGAGGAGCCCAGAACGCAGUGAGCUCUAAUCACGUCCUCUAAAAGCCACCGAGGUGCUACAGUUCAUGUGGAGACACUGAAAAGGUUGUGUGCCCAUGAGGUCGUCCAUGCUGGUCCUGUUCCUCCUCUUCAUUGCCCGGGCUGUGGCUGCCAUCGGAGGAGACACGUGCACCGCCCCAACAGCACAGCAGAAGGAUCCAGCCAAUAACGUUAACUCCAUCCCCACAGUGGACCCUAAACUCUUCACCAAGCGCCGCUACCUCUCACCCAGGGUGCUCUUCAGUGCUCAUCUCCCCGAUGCAGAGCCAGCGGGGUCGAAGGAUGCUGGUCGAAGGACCCGCAGGCGAGCAAGGCAGCCUCAGCACCGUGGAGUUUACUCAGUGUGUGAGAGCAUCAGUGUCUGGGUGGGCAACAAGACCAAAGCCACAGACAUCUCUGGCAAUGAGGUGACAGUGCUGCCAUAUGUGAAUAUCAACAAUGUAAACAAGAAGCAGUACUUCUUUGAGACAACGUGUCACAGCACCCGCUCAGGAAGCUCUAGCUGUCUGGGAAUCGAUGCAAGACACUGGAACUCCUACUGCACCAACUCACACACUUUUGUACGAGCGCUGACUUCGUUUAAGAACCUGGUGGCAUGGAGGCUCAUACGCAUCAACGUGGCCUGUGUGUGUGUGCUGAGCCGCAAGUCAUGGCGGCAGUGAAGACAUAGCGUGUACAUCACACACACGAUAACACACUCUCUUCUUCACCUCUCACUCUCUGCACAAAGUAAAUUAUUGGUAUACGUCAAAGUUUCAGGACUGCAUGUAUAUACACCAGGCCUGGGUCAAACAGUAUCUGCCACUGGUUUGUAACUAUUGUAUUUACCCGUUUAGGAGUACCAAACAUAAGGGGGGUUGUUGCUUUGUCACUUAGCUUCUGACAGUAUUUAUUAAACUGCUAAGAAUUACACUGAGGAGCUCCACCAAUUAUACACAUCAAAGUCUUUUACAGGGCUUGGAAAUCCUACUGCAUAUGUAUAAAAAGUUUUAUAAAGCUUUUUGUGGCUCCAGAGGGAGCUGUAUUAAGUCUGAUAAAUUACCUCAACUGACGUCAGAUUAGGCAGCGUGGGUUGGAGCUAAAGACCAGUUUGAAAAUAAAAACAAUUCUAGGGGAUGUGGAGUUAGAAAGAAGUGAGCUAACCAGACCUCUGCAGCCCACUACUCAUCUCUCCUUGAGGCCAGUGGCUCGAUGCAUAAGUCGCUACAAACAUAACCAUAAGCAUAACAAGCCGGAAUGUCUGGCUGAACUGCCUGCAGUCAAGUUGCAUUGUGGGUAAUGUAGGCACCAGCAGUUUUGACAUAGGAGAGGAACGCAUAGAACAUCUGCAGUUCUGCUGCAUGAAUUUUCAACAACAUCAACUUUUUUUCUGCACAUUUAUAUAAGAACAACAUUAUAGGGGUGCAAUGCUAAAUCAGUGGAGUACUCUUAAGAAACAGAUUUAUCAAGCGACUUGUUAAUGUAAAAGUAAACUUUAGGAGCAACUCUUGAUUGACAUGAUUGAUCACAUGUAUGCUAUGAGCAGGAGCAUCAGAAACAAGAAAUUAACCAAGAAUCCUUAAUAUGUCCAUUAGCAAUUGCCAUGUGGAAUAACAAUCAAAUAUUUUUAUAAUAGAUACUGAGGGAUAGAUGUGUGUUAAAUUGGCUACAAUAAAAAUAAAAAGCAAAUCAAACUCAGCAGCGGCUGGUAUAGGCUACAAGGUAAAUCAGGAGUACCACACUGACAAGUGCAGACAUUGAAGAUGCAUGAAAAGUGAUUUCAAUCAAAUCAAAGCCAGCUUUAUACUUCUAGUCAGUAGCACUAAUGAUUGCAAAAAGGAAAGAAGUACAUUUCAACUCUCAACUAACUCCUCAGGUCAAGCAGUUUACUUGCAUUCGAAGGAUAAUGGACAUAUUCUGGAUACAGAGGAAAGAUGGUUUCAAAGAGGAGUGAAAGAAGCCAUUUGCAGCAGAGUAGAGAAAAAAUAUCUCAACAGGGGAGGUGGUCUGCGACACCACUUAUCACCCAUCUACAAUGCUGUCUUUUCAUCCCUUCCCAAGAGAUUGAACAUACACUCACAUUUGGCCUCAUGAGACAAUCCCAACCACGGUUGUUCAGACUUGGCCUCAGGUGACUUCAACAACCAUGACGACUGCUGUUACAACAGCAAAGAGUGCCAGUGAACCAAGUGGUAUCCAUCACCUUGAUAACGACCCCCCAAAGAGGUUAUAUAGCUGGGACUCCCUGCCAGUCUGUCAGAACUGAAGAAGCCUCUUGGAUGAGAAGAAAAACAUCUCCAAGUAUCUUCAAUAAGUCCAAUUGCCCUUGAUUUUAACCCACCUUGGAUGUUCUUAAUUAUAUGUCACUUGACUAAUGACAUUUUGUACAAUCAUAAAUCAUGUUUCAGAAUUUACAUAAUACAUAAUACUCAUCAGCCAUCAAUCAUAAUACAGAUCAGCCUUUCUCUGUGUAAAAUGCAAAAUGUAUUUCUGAAAAAUAAAUCCCACAGUUACACACACGCCACAGGUGAUCCAGACUCGGAAAAUUGUGACUGAAAGGAAAUUAGUUUCAGCUGUCUGAGUGAAGGAACGAAAUUAAAAAUAGCACUAGGGCCAUACAGUGUCAAUUUUAGCAUUUAAAGUCUAGUUCCACAUAACCAGGGGCCUAGCACAAAAUUCUGGACCCGUCUCCCGUCUCCCUGCUCCCACACCUAUUCAUUCAACUAUCUUCCCUCCACCUUAUUACAACCCUGCACAUGAUCUUAAACCUUCUUUCUGCUUCUGCAGCAGGUUUAAUUUAAACCUCAGAUGAUGAACUCCAGUGGCAUUUAAGUGACUACUGCUGGACUCGGCAAUGGUGGUUAAGAAACUACCUGAUUUUGUUCAAGACAGCACAGGCCUUAAUCCUUAAACCGCUGCUAACAUAGUGAGAGAGCAACAGCCCCUAAGAGUUUUAGCACCACACAACAGUCAUGCUGAUUAUAGUAUUUUUUCUGCCACUCAUCCUAUACCACACCCCACCUAUUCUAAGUAGACCAAUGCAACCCACACACUUUGAAAGUACAAUUUGACCCAGGUCUCAUUUAAGAAAUACUUCUGUUAAAACGUUGAUGUUGAUAUUGUUAUUUAUUAAACACUUACAUACGUGCA